UGAUUGGUCCGCAGCAUGCUCCUCGUCCUGGGCUCUCCAUCCAAUCACAGCACCGCAAAGUUGUGCUGCGGAAGAGGAGAUGUGAAGAGGAGAUGGCUGAACUUAGAUAGCCCUCCUGUGUUUGGGUAUAUCUCCACCAUGGACCUUCUUCUCCGGAGGACAGAGAGGAGCGGAGGACGGCUGCUGGUCCUCGCAGUAGUGCUCGGCUGGUGUUUAGGAGCUGUGAGCUGUUUCGGACAGAAUCUAGACAGCGAGUUCACCUUUCUGCUGCAAGCCGGAAGAUCCGAGUGUUUCUUCCAGACAGCAGUGAAGAAUGGUACUAUGGAGGUCGAGUAUCAGGUGAUAGCGGGCGCUGGUAUGGAUGUAGACUUCACCAUCAUCUCUCCAGAAGGCAACCAGCUCGUCAUGGAGACUCGACGCUCUGACGGAGUCCACGUGGUGGAGCCUACGGUGGAGGGAGACUAUGAAAUCUGCUUCGACAACAGCUUCAGUCGCUUCUCAGAGAAGAUGGUGUUCUUUGAGAUCAUCAUCGAGGGUCAAGGAGGAGAUGUGGGUGGAGAUGAAGAGUGGCCGGGAUUAGAGGAGCCCGAUGGAAGCCUUCUGGAGUACAAGCUGGACGACAUCCGGGAGUCCAUGGACUCUCUGCACAGACGCUUGGAGCGCAGCCGGCAGAUGCAGACGGUGUUGCGGGCGUUUGAGGCCCGGGACCGAAACCUCCUGGAAGACAACCUGUGGAGGGUCUCAUUCUGGUCCUGUGCCUGCGUGCUGGUGAUGCUGUGUGUCGCCCUCACCCAGGUCUACACUGUCCGUAAACUGUUCGACGAUAAGCGGAGGGUCUGCACAUAGAGGGAUUAUUUUGCAGUGAUAAAAGACAGCCAACGAAGGAGAACAAUCCAAUCCAAGAUGUUCAGCUGGUUACCCAUUCAGACUGUGCUCCAUUAUCUCUCAUUUACAUGAACACCAGCAUUCAACAUCGAUUUUAGUUUUUGUUUUUUUUUUACUUUGAAAAUUUUGUUUUAGAUCAGCUUGUGAGCAAUAAUUAAAAAUUAUUAGAUCAUGAAGGGUAACCAGAUGGGGAAGUUGGUCAUUUCAUUUCAUUUAGUGCCUUUAAUGUCAAAUCUUACCACAAACCAAUGAGGAAAUACUAUUCGAAAGGCACUGCCUACGUAGACUGAACAAUACAUGUUGUAGUAUAACUGCUGUCCUACGUUUCCGGAACCGGUGAGAGGUUUUUGGAAUAUUUCGUUAAAGGUGAAAUGAUCCUUACUAAAGGUUAAAGGUCGACUCAAAAGCUCCUGGUCCGCCGGUUUACAAGGGAUAACAAUGUGCAAUAGUGUUGUUGGCGUAUUUGUUCUUCCUGACGGUUUAAGAUCUUUCCAUCAUAGUAGUGAUGUGUCCAUCUGACCAGGCGUUUCCUUGGUUACAGCCGUGUCGAUGGUUAGUUCUUUUGAGAUGUUACUGAUUUCAGUUCAAGUCCAUGCUGAAGUGUCGACCCAUAAGAAUGUAGAAUAAGAAAGAGGGAUGAUUUGCAGUGUGAUUGCCAAUAAUGUACAAAGUGUCAGCACUCUUCAGACAAAUAUGUGUAUGUCGGUUCAGAUGUGUAUCAGUGUGAACGUACUGAUUGUUAAAUGUGUGUUUGUGUGUCUCUGGCUUCUGUUUUGUCCUCUAGAUGAUCAAACUUGUCUUUUUUUUUUUUUUUUUAAACAUGUUUGUGACAACAGGAUGUGUGACAUUUUGAUUCUGCUGAGACAGCCAUAGGGAGUUUUUUUUGUUUUUUUUUAAAUAAGAACAGGCUUUCAUUACAUAUUCAAUAGAAUAAGUAAAAAUCAGGUUUACACAGGAGUCACUGAUAUUAAUAAAUGCAUUUUUUACACAGGAAAUACUUGGUUUGACGUGAGUUGUCUUUGACAAUUAAAAAGAAAACGGUAACAUGGAGUCUUU